AUGGAAAUCACUCCCUCAGUAACAGAAGAAGAACCUCUCAAUCUAAACGCAAUUCGCAGUCGAAUAAGCGAACUUGAAGAAAUCUACAGAAAUUCCAACGAAGAUAGUUUCUCCGAAAUGCCCUCUUAUGAUUCUGAUGAAUUAAUGAAAGAUUCCGCUCAUCAACUCGUGAGUAAAGUGGAUCAAAUGUUAACUGACUACUCUGAUUUCAGUUUCUUGGGCAUUGAAGAUUUAGAUUCGUACUUAGCACACUUGAAAGAGGAGCUUAAUGAGGCGGAGGCUGAGAGUGCAAAGAUCUCUAAUGAAAUUGAGUUUCUCAAUAGAACAUACAGGGAAGAUUCUAGUGAACUAGAGAGUGAUCUUGAAUGGAUGAAGUGUUCGUUGGAUUUAAUUUCUGCACAGCAGGAUAUAGAGGAAGAAAAAGAAGGGACACAGAUGGAGCGCCUUUCAAGUGGAGACAAUCAAUCAAUUUUGAUAAACACACAUGAAGAAGACAAGUUUGAGUUAAGAGUUUCAGUGGUGAUGCACCUUAAAACUUUAGAGUACAAUACCAGUCCUAUUUUGAAGCUUGAUAAUCAGAUCGAGAAAAGCAAAAAAAUUUUGAAGUCCAUGGAGGAUCUUGAUUCUGUAUUCAAAAGAUUUGAUGCCAUAGAACGAAUUGAAGAUGUAUUGUCGGGUCUGAAAGUCAUUGAAAUUGAUGGAACCUGCAUUAGAUUGUCGAUGCGGACCUAUAUUCCAAAACAAGAAGAUUUAUUGUGCCAACAAAAGUUUGAAGAAACUAGUGAGCCAUCCGAAGUAAACCAUGAAUUCCUCAUUGAAGUUACUGAUGAAAGUAUGGAGAUUAAGAAAGCUGAGAUGUUUCCAAAUGACAUAUAUAUAGGAGACAUUGUUGAUGCUGCAAAGUCUUUCAGGCAAAUAUUUUUGCAAUUGGAACUGAUGGAGACAAGCUCUUCACUAGAGUGGUUUGUAAGAAAAGCACAAGAUAGAAUUAUCCAAUGUACCUUGAGACGAUUAGUGGCAAAGAGUGCAAGUACGUCUAGGCAAUCCAUUGAAUACUUGGACAAAGAUGAAAUAAUAGUAGCUCAUUUGGUUGGGGGUGUUGAUGCUUUUAUGAAAGUUUCUCAUGGUUGGCCCAUAACAAAUUUCCCAUUGAAAUUGGUAUCUCUCAAGAGCUCAAAUCACCAUUCAAAGGAAAUUUCGUUGGCCUUUCUCUGCAAGGUUGAGGAAGUGGCGAACUCCUUGGAUGUACAGACGCGGCAGAACUUGUCAAGCUUUGUAGAUGCUGUUGAAAAAAUUCUUGUGGAACAAAUGCGCUUAGCACUGCAUUCUGAUGGUGCUUCCAGCAUAUGA